AUGGCAUCAACCUCCGAGAUCCCCAGCACAGCAGGGGGCUUCAUGCAACCUUCUCUGCCAUCUCCCGCGCCCUCAUCAUCCACCGCCACGCCAUCCAUCCUGCCCAAGCAGAGAUCGCAUCCACUGCGGCCAGGCUCCACCAAGGAAACGACCGUCAUCAACCACGUCGACCGGGUCAUCUUGACUAUUAACCGGCGCCAUGCUAAGAAGUUCAGCAGCGCCUACGAGGAUCCGACGCAGUCUGGCUCGGCGCAGUUGGAGCGCGGGUAUGAGGGGUUUCAGGAGGUUGCUAAAGAUAUAGAGGGGUUGGUUGAUGUGCUUUGGGUUAGUGGGACUCCAUCCCUCCAAAUCCCAUACCUCAUCUCCCUCGCCGUCCUAAUCAACACCUACCUCCCGGACUACCCCUUCACGCCGAAGCCCACCUUCCGGCUCCUCAGAAAGCUAGACACGGUCUUCGCGUCGCUCCUCACCGGCGAAGACGCCGACUCCGGCGCGCCUUUGUCUGGCUUCGAAACCCGACGGAACGUGGUCUCCAUGACGGAGAAAGUCCGCAUCAAGAGCAUCGCCGAGACGUGUCGUGUGACUGUUGUCGAGGCGCGCGAGACGGUGGAUGAACUAGCUGAGGAUGAUGACGACUCUGACGAUGAUGAGUUGGGGAUGGAGAUGGAAGAUGUCUACGGGACGAGGGGCGAUUCUAAUUCUAACUCUAACGCCGAUGUCAAUGUCUAUGCGGAUGCCCCCGGACGGUGGGAGAUGGAGACGGCUCGCGUGUAUGAGAAGACGAUCCAGUUGCUCGGCGAUGAGUUGGGGAAGGCGGGCGAGUUUUGUGAUGAGAAUAUGGCUAUGGGGGAUGAGGUUGAGGGGGAGGGGGGUUGUCGGAUAUGA